AUGGCUGCUAAUAUGAUUGAACGACAAACACCUACUGAACACUUGAAACAAUCAACUGAUACUGCUGGAGAGGCUAGUGGGAUUUUUGGAAACAUUCAUCAUCCAAAUGCUACCAAUGCCAACUACCAUUCAGGUGCUACUCUACUGCAGUCCUCAGACCAUCAGCAACAAACUCUGGAUGAAACCCUGUCUUGUCAGCAGCAACCAUCUAGUCAAAACUGUCAUAACGAGACCUCGAUUGAUGAUGUCGUCAAUGACAAUACAGUUCAAAAAGAGUCCUUCAAAAACCUCAUAUCCAGAGUCUGUCUACGCAGUUGGACAAGACCGGACCAGUAUGUGUUUGUGUGUGCCCUUGUGCUAGUCACUGUGCCCAGUAUUCUGACCAGUGUCUAUGUAUUCCCAUUCUUGUGGUACCACGGAUUCCCUCUCCUCACUGUAUUUGCUAUUCUGUUUGCUUCUCUGUCCAUCAUACUGCUUUUUGCCACAAGCUUCACGGAUCCAGGUUACGUUCCAAAAAAUAUGGAUAUGCAUCCAUCCCUAUUAUCUACUGGAAAUUCAUCUACUGUACCUGACGGUCUUACUAGCAACUCUUAUCCAUUUAUUUCUCAACAGCAACUUGGUCCAUCUCAGUCACAGUAUCCACCGGAAACAUUGCUUGCGCAUGUAAAGACUGUGCUGGUCAAUGGCCAUAUAAUAUCUGUCAAAUACUGCAACACCUGUCUAUCAUGGCGACCACCACGCACAUUUCAUUGCGCCACAUGUGAUCGUUGUGUGCAAGGACAUGACCAUCAUUGUCCAUGGAUGGGCACUUGUGUUGGAUACAGAAAUUACCGGUUUUUUUAUAUGUUUCUAUGCACUACACUUGUUUUUAUUGGGAUCAUCAUUGCAUCCCAUGUGCUAUUUUUAGUACACUCAACUUCUAGCAACACAAUUCGUGAUAACCCAGUAUCUUUUGGUGUUCUUGUUCUUGGCUGCUUGGCCAUCUGGUUUCUUUGUAUGAUGGUUGGAUAUCAUACCUGGCUUAUUGCACAGGGAAUCACUACCCACGAACAAAUUCGCAGAGGAAAUGGUACUUGGAAUGAACCUACCGAUCAAGGAAAUCCAUACGAUCAAGGCUCCAUCAUCAAAAACUUUAUAUAUGUUUUAUGUCGUAAAAUAGAGCCGAGAAGCGAAAACUCGACUCGCGGACUAACGCCUACUACUGACAAAACUCCACCAGAUUGGACGAGUAGAGAUAUAGCACCCACAUCUACUACGUCAACUAUAGAAAUGGCGACUCCUGACGAUUCAAGACUGAAUCCCUCAAGUUUGCCACCAAAUGCACUGAUUCGAGCAUCUCUACCUCAGUCAUCCAUAUCACUUUCGAAACAAGCAACACCUCCAUGUAAAAUUGAUGUGAAUAUCAACACAGAACUCAUCAUGUCUGAUUUGUUUUUUACAAAUCAUAAAAAUAAAUGCGACACAACUUGAUAGUUUAUGU